UCAUCCCUUAAUAAAGGCCUGGACAAUAGGGGGGCUCUGUCGUAACUGUUGCUGGCGGGCUGGUCAGGUGCAAUGCCGUCAAAACAUCAGCUUUACCCAACACAGGGUCACAUUAUUUCACAGACAAACAGACGCGACCUCCACUAUAUGACAACGCCACUCCAUCCACAGAGACCAAACCAACAGCAGACCUUGAGCAAGGCACAUCGCAGAAAAUACAGAAGCAAAGGAGACAUCAUAGAGAUUAUAGUGUACUUUUGGAGCUGCAUUCAGUAAUUGGACCUAUACCAACUAUUGUUAUCAGUUGAAUUGGACCUCUUUUGGUCAGAACACAUGAACAUGAUUGGGAAAACUCUUUUGCUAGUCUGUCUGGCUGUCUUCUUUUCUGCAGACGCAGCGGACCAAUCCAGACUCUACAGGAGGCCAUCUUGUGGGGAUAUGAGCCAAUCCCAGGCAUGCCCGCUCAACUACUCCCCAGUGUGCGGUAAUGAUGGAAACACUUAUCCCAAUGAGUGUUCUCUGUGUGUUCACCGGCUGGAAACCAAUGCAGACAUCUUGAUAGUGAAAGACGGAAGUUGCUGAAGAGUAGCCUACUCAAGUACAGAUGAUUCCGCUGUGAAUGUGAUAAUAUUAUCACAUUUAUCUUUGAUUCUUUCUGUGAUUGUAGAAGUAGUUUUUUAUGGAACACUCAUGCACAGUGUACACACACACACACACACACACACACACACACACACACACACACACACACACACACACACACACUUAUAAUCAUAUUGAUUUGUAUUAAAUCUUAACACUAUCUUUGUAAAGAAUAAAUCGAUUUUUCAGUCCCAGCUCCAGUGGAAUCAUUUAUCAUUAAAGGUCCAGGUGCUCCUUA